AUGGGGCGCCGAGCGCACACAGCGCAGCCCGAGGGGAGCGCAAACCCAGGACGGGAUGAGGCCUGGCGCUUUGGGAAAACAGGCCCUUCGACGGUCCGACGGGAACCGGGGAGCGGCGCGCAGAGCCGGAACCCCGAGGGGCUCGUGGAGCGGCGGCUCCUCCGCAGAUCUGACCCGAGGAUCAGGCGCCGGGAGAGUGUAGACGGUCCAACCGAGUGGCCUGCAGCGUCCGAAGCCUCGCCAGCUCCCGCCCGCACCCCCAUCGCGCCCUCCCCGCAGCCCCGGGGCCGCCGCCAGGUGCGGGGUCCGGUAAAGGGCGCUCAGGUGCAGCACCGCUCUCGGCGCAAAGCCCGGAGGAGGAGAGAGCGGGCGGGGGCUGAGCGGCGGGGCCGCCCCCGGGGCGGGGACGAGGACGGGGACGGGGGCGGCGCGGUGCACGCCCGGGAGUCGGAGGCGCAGCGGGGCCUGCAUCCCGGCGGCCCCGGGCGACGCAGUGCACGCCGGGAGUUGGAGUCCCGCCGGCCUGGCCUGACCUGUCGUUACAGCGGCCGGAACGUGGACUUCAGGGUCGAGAAUGGCAGGGCUCCCGAGCAGGGCCUCGGGUUCCCCGCCGAGGAGGGCAGAGUCUCCCAAGAGAGAGCGGGAGCCUGUAAGGUCUUUGAGAAGCAUAAGCUUAAAUCAUCUCAGAAGGACAAGGUCCACCAGCUCAUGGCAUUCACUCAGGCUGGUGAGAGAACUGCCAUCCACUGCUUAGCCCAAAGUGAGUGGAAACUGGGCGCCAUGGACAGCUUCUUCCAGAACCCAGCCUCGUUCCACAAGGGCUCCAUGAGAACCUCCGUGGACAGGAAGAAGCUGGAGCCGCUGUAUAACAGGUACAAAGACCCACAAGAUGAAAAUAAAAUUGGAAUUGAUGGAAUUCAAAAGUUUUGUGAUGAUUUAAGCCUAGAUCCUGCCAGUAUCACCGUUUUGGGUAUAGUGUGGAAAUUCAGAGCCGCGACUCUAUGUGAAUUUAAAAAAGAAUUUGUAGAUGGCAUGACAGAGCUUGGUCGGAGAGACUUAGAAAUGGCCGUCGCAUAUUGGAAUUUGGAAUUAUCCAGAAGGCUUAAAUUUUUAGAUCUUUGGAACAUCCUUUUGUUGGAGCAUCACAAAAGAUCAACCCCAAGGAACACUUGGAACCUUCUGCUAGAUUUUGGAAAUAUGAUUGCAGAUGACAUGUCCAGCUAUGAUGAAGAAGGAGCAUGGCCUCUUCUUAUAGAUGAUUUCGUAGAAUAUGCACGGCCAGUGGUCACAGGUGGUAAAGGCAGCCCUCUCUAGGCAGAAAACCGAGAUGGAUUAAGAUGAAAAGGGAACUGUCCUGCAGGAGACACUGGCCAGCUAUGCCUGUUGCCCAUUUUGAAAGUCAUCCUGACCAGUCGUGAGACUGGAGACCCUCUCCUGCUGCUUAGAGAAGACACCGCUGACUGGAUGCCACACGGAGACCCUCUGAGCUCGCUGCUGGGGCACCCAGAGACGGGGCCCUGGCUGUUGCUGUAAGAGACCUGUGCAUGAUUUCCGCAUUUACGGAGGAGCUGGGGCCUGUCUGCAGGCUGCAGGGUCGCUGUUGAUCACGACCCAAAGCAAGGCUGUGCUCACCGCACUCGCUGAAUUGUCCGUGACCACCCCUGAGAAACAGUACAAGUCAGGCUGCUGGAAACGUGCCCUAAAGAGGAUGAUUGUCGUGGAUGCUGACGGUUUUAAACUUGGUGCCAGGGUUAAGAUUUAUAUUUUUUGAAUCAUCAAGUGUCUAGAUUUAUCAGCUCUUUUUUCAUUUCACUUUUCUCUGGAUGUUCAUCUGGGAAUCAUUUUACAGGUUAACGCGCCGUUGCAGUUUGCACAGCGAUGGUGUCAUUGUGAUUCCAGAAAAGUGUUCUUUUAAACUGCCUGCAAGUCGGUGGGUCUGCUUUACUUCUGAUAAUCUCAGCUGGACUUCCUAAGAAGCUUCAUGAAGUGUGCUUUUUAAAAAAAUGUAUUUAAGGGCUUACCUGGUGGCGCAGUGGUUGAGAGUCCGCCUGCCGAUGCAGGGGACACGGGUUCGUGCCCCGGUCCGGGAGGAUCCCACAUGCCACGAAGCGGCUGGGCCCGUGAGCCAUGGCCACUGAGCCUGCACGUCCGGAGCCUGUGCUCCGCAACGGGAGAGGCCACAACAGUGAGAGGCCCGCAUACAGAAAAAAAAAAAAAAUGUGACCCACUCAGGCCUGGGGCCUGGAGACCCAGUCUGGGCGGGGUCAGCCCGUCACAAGGUGCAGGGCCAGGGAAGUCACCUGAUCUCUCCCAGGCCCCGCUGCCCCGUCCUCUACCUGUAAGACUGGGGUUCUAAGAGGCUUUAAUAGAAACUUCACCAAUUGUAAUGCGUCCUUCGAGGCCUCGUGGGUUCUGACAUGUAAGAGUUCUACUCAGAGAGGUUAUGGAACCCGGACGGGCCUGUAAGAAUCAUGAGGUCUGUGGCACUGUUUCAUUCUUGAGAUUUAAAGUUAUGUGGAGAAAAGGUGUUCUAUGGAGUUGUUUAUCAACAGAUACCAAAACAUCAGUGACAAAGGCUCUUCCAACACUUGUAGGUUUCCCUUCUAUAAUAAACGUUUA